AUGGCCGAGGACCCUCGAGAGCCCAGCUCCUCACAGGAGCCUGGUAGUCACCUCCCCGCUAGCACUCCGAAUACCGACCCCAAAAAGCCAAAGCAUGACUUCCCGCAAUCGCAAGUCGGCAAGCUAUGGGAUGCCUUUGGCAACCCCGAAGAACCCGUGAACGCCCUCGCCAAUGCAAGCUACAAGCCACGGGGCAAGGACCCCAAGGAUGUGUCAUACUCGGAUGUUGUUGGCACAGUAUCCAUGUCCGAGAUCUCAUCAUUCUACAAAGUACCAUGCGCACGCGAGUCGCUCUUGACCGGAAUUGGUGCUGGAUUUGGAAUCGGUGGUGUACGAGCUGUCUUUGGAGGAAUGCGCUCAUUAUGGUCCGCCGGAAAUUGGGCAGUUGGAGUGUUCGCAGUCUCUUCUCUUGGAGCAUACGAGUUCUGUCGACGACGCCGGAUUCAAGAAUUGCAUGGAAUGAAGGAAGCUGUCGAGCUCAUGAAGGAGCUGAAGGAGAAAAAACAACGGGACAAGGAACGAGCUGCUGAGGAGGCAGCUCGUCGCGCAGAGGAGGAGAAGAGAAAAAAGAGUUGGACAAACCUCUCCAACUACAAGUUCUGGUAG